UCCCGCCGUAUCAUCCACAGGCAAAUCCCGUUGAAAGGGUAAAUAGGAUACUCAAAACUAUGAUUGUGGCCUUUCUCGGCCGUGAUCACCGCGAGUGGGACGCUCAUCUGAGGGAUUUCCGGUUCGCAUAUAAUACCGCUCACCAUUCAUCGAUCGGCACCUCACCCGCUUUUCUAAAUCUAGGCCGCGAAUUGGAGCCGGCAUGGUCGUUGCGACGAGAGGGCCGAGGAGCGACCGAGGUGGAGCUGCGAGAUCCUGCGAACUGGCAAGAGCGCAUGCGGAGGUUGCAAUCGUUGCACCGUUGGAUUAGCGGUAACCUCGAUCAGGCCCAUCAGCAGCAGGCCCGACAUUAUAAUUUGCGAAGGCGCGAUCGCACCUUUCGAGUGGGGGAUCUUGUUCUGAAGCGACAACACACGCUAUCGUCGGCGGUUCACAAUGUCGCCACCAAGUUAUCGCCGAAAUUCCAGUUAUCGGUAUCGAAGUUAUUGCUGGAUAGGGGGCGUGGAGGACAUUCUAAUUGUGCGCCGCCACCCUGAGAGGAUGGGAGAAAGAGGCGAAGCCUUCCGAAGGAGGUAUGACGCCAUAUUCCGGGGAAUCCGACGGGACUUUCCAACCUUCUGGCGAGAGGCGAGAGAGGUGGCCGAGGAGUACCGGUGCAGCGGCACCGGGGGGGCUGUCGUCAGAAAAUGGCCCGACACCAGAGACGCCGCUGUGCAAACAGGAGACGGACCACUCAAGACAAGAGAUGCAUCCCAGCAGACGGAUCCCAUGCCGCCCACUACUCCCCCGCCUCGGAGAGGGGGGGAGGAAAGGGGAACAUCACCUCCUCAGCGCCGCGACGGAGGUCAGACGGGACUGGCAGGUUACACGGUGGGGGGACCGGCGCACCCGGGAGGAUGUUGGAACUGCGGCCGGGACACCCAUCGCUACUCGGACUGCCCCUAUAGUCGUGACCACUCUUUUUAUUACGGCUGCGGGCGGGCGGGGACGACGAGGAAGAACUGCUCCCGCUGUAAAGACGAAUACGACGAAUCAGAAGGACCCGUACUGUCCCGUACCCUAAAUGUAUCGAACACUAUCAUAUCGCAUAUCCACAAUAAAAUAUUAUCGUCAAACCUCUAGUUAUUUCUGAUCCUUGACUCGCCGCUCUAUUUCUUUUUCCCUCUCCAGUAAUGCCAACCCUGCCGCCUUAAUGUUCUUGCGAAUGCAUGUGGCUUUGCGCUUCGUUUGAGGUGACUGGUAGAGCUUAUU